CCCAACCGAAAAUGGGUACAAAGCACCUAAUAUUAUUUAUUUUAUUAGUUGCGCCUCUUGGGCUUUUUGCCCGAAGCACCGAACCAUUUGAUGAAAUAGGAUCGAGUGAAGCAACGGCGAUUGCUGUUGCUCGAAGUAGCGGCGAUGGAUCAAGCGAAUCUUCUGCCAAUGCUCAAGCUAUAAAUGAUGGUUCAGGAUCAAGCCAAUCUUCAGCUUCUGCGGAUGCGGAAAAUACAGGAAGUGGAGAUAGUGAAGCAAAUGCUGCCGCUAGUGCGAAAAAUACAGGAAGUGGAGAUAGUGAAGCAAAUGCUGCCGCUAGUGCGGAAAAUACAGGAAGUGGAGAUAGUGAAGCAAAUGCUGCCGCUAGUGCGGAAAAUACAGGAAGUGGAAAUAGUGAGGCAAAUGCUGACGCUAGUGCGGAAAAUACAGGAACUGGAAAUAGUGAUGCAAAUGCCGACGCUAGUGCGGAAAAUACAGGAAGUGGAAAUAGUGAGGCAAAUCCCGUGGACCGGAAAACGAAGGUACCGGAUCGAGCGAAGCGAGAGCUGCAGCCGAUGAAUGGAUCGAGUCAAGCAGUAUCUUCAGCGAAUGCUCAAAACGAAGGCGAUGGAUCGAGUCAAGCAGUGUCUUCAGCGAAUGCUCAAAACGAAGGCGGAGGAUCGAGUCAAGCAGCAGCUAGAGCGAAUGCUAAAACAAAUGGCAAAGGUUCAAGUACUGCGCAAGCGAUCGCUACUGCAAAGUCUUCUAGGAAAAAGAAACCCAGUAAGCCUCCUGGAGGAACACCGAGUAACCCAGGCGGAUCUAACCCAAGCGCCCCUGGAGGAUCUAACCCGAGCACCCCUGGUGGAUCUAAUCCAAGCACUCCCGGUGGAUCUAACCCAAGCACCCCUGGUGGUACCAAACCGAGCGCUCCUGGUGGAUCUAAUCCAAGCACCCCUGGUGGAUCACACCCAAGCACCCCCGGUGGUUCUAAUCCCAGCACCCCUGGCGAAUCUAACCCGAACACCCCUGGUGGAUCAAAUCCGAACAGCCCUGGUGGUUCUAAUCCAAGCACCCCCGGUGGUUCUAACCCGAAUGGCCCUGGUGGCUCUAACCCAAGCGCCCCUGGUGGUACCAACCCAAGCACCCCUGGUGGUACCAAUCCGAGCACCCCUGGUGGAUCUAACCCGAACGGCCCUGGCGGAUCUAAUCCAAGCACCCCUGGUGGAUCAAACCCAAGCACCCCUGGUGGUUCUAACCCGAACACCCCUGGUGGUUCUAACCCGAGCACCCCUGGUGGAUCAAACCCGAACGGCCCUGGUGGUUCUAAUCCAAACACCCCGGGUGGUUCUAAUCCAAACGCCCCUGGCGAAUCUAACCCAAGCGGCCCAGGCGGAUCUAACCCGAGCACCCCUGGUGGAUCGAACCCAAGCACCCCUGGUGGUACAAAUCCGAGCGCCCCUGGUGGAUCCAACCCGAGCACCCCUGGUGGUUCUAAUCCAAGCACCCCUGGCGGAUCUCCUCCAAACACCCCUGGCGGAUCUAAUCCAAAUACCCCUGGUGGAUCAAACCCUAGCGGCCCUGGUGGUUCUAAUCCAAACGCCCCUGGUGAAUCUAACCCAAGCGGCCCAGGCGGAUCUAACCCGAGCACCCCUGGUGGAUCGAACCCAAGCACCCCUGGUGGUACAAAUCCGAGCGCCCCUGGUGGAUCCAACCCGAGCACCCCUGGUGGUUCUAAUCCAAGCACCCCUGGCGGAUCUACUCCAAACACCCCUGGCGGAUCUAAUCCAAAUACCCCUGGUGGAUCAAACCCUAGCGGACCUGGUGGUUCUAAUCCAAACGCCCCUGGCGAAUCUAACCCGAACACCCCUGGUGGAUCAAACCCGAACGGCCCUGGUGGUUCUAAUACAAACACCCCCGGUGGUUCUAAUCCAAGCACCCCUGGUGGAUCAAGCCCAAGCGGCCCUGGCGGAUCUAACCCGAGCACCCCUGGUGGAUCUAACCCAAGCACCCCUGGUGGUACAAAUCCGAGCGCCCCUGGUGGAUCCAACCCGAGCACCCCUGGUGGAUCUAACCCAAGCACCCCUGGUGGUACAAAUCCGAGCGCCCCUGGUGGAUCCAACCCGAGCACCCCUGGUGGUUCUAAUCCAAGCGCCCCUGGCGGAUCUACUCCAAACACCCCUGGCGGAUCUAAUCCAAAUACCCCUGGUGGAUCAAACCCUAGCGGCCCUGGUGGAUCUAACCCAAGCACCCCUGGUGGUACAAAUCCGAGCGCCCCUGGUGGAUCCAACCCGAGCACCCCUGGUGGAUCUAACCCAAGCACCCCUGGUGGUACAAAUCCGAGCGCCCCUGGUGGAUCCAACCCGAGCACCCCUGGUGGUUCUAAUCCAAGCGCCACUGGCGGAUCUACUCCAAACACCCCUGGCGGAUCUAAUCCAAAUACCCCUGGUGGAUCAAACCCUAGCGGCCCUGGUGGUUCUAAUCCAAACGCCCCUGGCGAAUCUAACCCGAACACCCCUGGUGGAUCAAACCCGAACGGACCUGGUGGUUCUAAUCCAAACACCCCCGGUGGUUCAAAUCCAAGCACCCCUGGUGGAUCAAGCCCAAGCACCCCUGGUGGUUCUAACCCGAAUGCUCCUGGUGGCUCUAACCCAAGCUCCCCUGGUGGUACCAGUCCGAGCGCCCCUGGUGGAUCUAACCCGAAUGGCCCUGGCGAAUCUAAUCCAAGCACCCCUGGUGGAUCAAACCCAAGCACCCCUGGUGGUACCAAUCCGAGCGCCCCUGGUGGAUCUAACCCUAACGGCCCUGGCGGAUCUAAUCCAAGCACCCCUGGUGGAUCAAAUCCAAGCACUCCUGGUGGUUCUAACCCGAACACCCCUGGUGGUUCUAACCCGAAUGCCCCUGGUGGCUCUAACCCAAGCACCCCUGGUGGUACCAAUCCGAGCGCCCCUGGUGGAUCUAACCCGAACGGCCCUGGCGGAUCUAAUCCUAACGCCCCUGGUGGAUCUAACCCAAGUACCCCUGGUGGUUCUAACCCGAACGCCCCUGGUGGCUCUAACCCAAGCACCCCUGGUGGAUCAAACCCAAGCACUCCUGGUGGUUCUAACCCGAACACCCCUGGUGGUUCUAACCCGAAUGCCCCUGGUGGCUCUAACCCAAGCACCCCUGGUGGUUCCAAUCCGAGCGCCCCUGGUGGAUCUAACCCGAACGGCCCUGGUGGAUCUAAUCCAAGCACCCCUGGUGGAUCAAACCCAAGCACCCCUGGUGGUACCAAUCCGAGCACCCCUGGUGGAUCUAACCCGAACGGCCCUGGCGGAUCUAAUCCAAGCACCCCUGGUGGUUCUAACCCGAACACCCCUGGUGGUUCUAACCCGAGCACCCCUGGUGGUUCUAAUCCAAGCGCCCCUGGCGGAUCUAACCCGAACACACCUGGUGGAUCUAAUCCAAGCGCCCCUGGCGGAAGUAACCCUGGAGGAUCGAAUAAUCCGAACAAUCCUGGAUGUCCUUCUAAUCCAAGUGGCCCAGGAACUGGUCAAGGUGAAACUUCGAGUCAAGCUGCAGCUCUUGCUUAUGCUCAAGCCAUAGCGAACGGAUUGUCAUCUGCUCAGGCACUUGCUCUUGCUUCAGCUGCCAGUCGCAAGAAUCCAUGCAACCCUGGUGGUUCUAAUCCAAGCACCCCCGGUGGUUCUAAUCCAAGCACCCCUGGCGGAUCUAGCCCGAGCACCCCUGGUGGUUCCAAUCCGAGCGCCCCUAGUGGAUCUAACCCGAACGGCCCUGGCGGAUCUAAUCCAAGCACCCCUGGUGGUUCUAACCCGAACGCCCCUGGUGGCGCUACCCCAAGCACCCCUGGUGGAUCAAACCCAAGCACCCCCGGUGGUUCUAACCCGAAUGCCCCUGGUGGAUCUAACCCAAGCACCCCUGGUGGUACCAAUCCGAGCACCCCUGGUGGAUCUAACCCGAACGGCCCUGGCGGAUCUAACCCAAGCACCCCCGGUGGUUCUAAUCCAAGCACCCCUGGCGGAUCUAGCCCGAGCACCCCUGGUGGUUCCAAUCCGAGCGCCCCUGGUGGAUCUAACCCGAACGGCCCUGGCGGAUCUAAUCCAAGCACCCCUGGUGGUUCUAACCCGAACGCCCCUGGUGGCGCUACCCCAAGCACCCCUGGUGGAUCAAACCCAAGCACCCCUGGUGGAUCUAACCCGAACGGCCCUGGCGGAUCUAACCCAAGCACCCCUGGUGGUUCUAACCCGAAUGCCCCUGGUGGAUCAAACCCAAGCACCCCCGGUGGUUCUAACCCGAAUGCCCCUGGUGGAUCUAACCCAAGCACCCCUGGUGGUACCAAUCCGAGCACCCCUGGUGGAUCUAACCCGAACGGCCCUGGCGGAUCUAACCCAAGCACCCCCGGUGGUUCUAAUCCAAGCACCCCUGGCGGAUCUAGCCCGAGCACCCCUGGUGGUUCCAAUCCGAGCGCCCCUGGUGGAUCUAACCCGAACGGCCCUGGCGGAUCUAAUCCAAGCACCCCUGGUGGUUCUAACCCGAACGCCCCUGGUGGCGCUACCCCAAGCACCCCUGGUGGAUCUAACCCGAACGGCCCUGGCGGAUCGAACCCAAGCACCCCUGGUGGUUCUAACCCGAAUGCCCCUGGUGGAUCUAACCCAAGCACCCCUGGUGGUACCAAUCCGAGCACCCCUGGUGGAUCUAACCCGAACGGCCCUGGCGGAUCUAACCCAAGCACCCCCGGUGGUUCUAAUCCAAGCACCCCUGGCGGAUCUAGCCCGAGCACCCCUGGUGGUUCCAAUCCGAGCGCCCCUGGUGGAUCUAACCCGAACGGCCCUGGCGGAUCUAAUCCAAGCACCCCUGGUGGUUCUAACCCGAACGCCCCUGGUGGCGCUACCCCAAGCACCCCUGGUGGAUCAAACCCAAGCACCCCUGGUGGAUCUAACCCGAACGGCCCUGGGGGAUCUAACCCAAGCACCCCCGGUGGUUCUAAUCCAAGCACCCCUGGCGGAUCUAGCCCGAGCACCCCUGGUGGUUCCAAUCCGAGCGCCCCUGGUGGAUCUAACCCGAACGGCCCUGGCGGAUCUAAUCCAAGCACCCCUGGUGGUUCUAACCCGAACGCCCCUGGUGGCGCUACCCCAAGCACCCCUGGUGGAUCAAACCCAAGCACCCCUGGUGGAUCUAACCCGAACGGCCCUGGCGGAUCUAACCCAAGCACCCCCGGUGGUUCUAAUCCAAGCACCCCUGGCGGAUCUAGCCCGAGCACCCCUGGUGGUUCCAAUCCGAGCCACCCCUGGUGGUUCUAA